CUCCUCCUGCCGGCCGCCGCCGCUGCUGCUCUCCGCCGGGGUACCGCCGGCAACGAGGCAAAGUCCGCUUCGAAACUUCCUUGCGGGACUUUGAGCAACUUGAGGCCGCGGAGUUGUAGCCGACCACGGCUCAGGGGGCGGCCCCUGCUCGCGGCGGGGCCCUGCUGUGUGGGGUGCGACCACCGCGGUCGGAGCAGCUGGAUUGAGAAUCAUCUGGAGGAGAAAUACAUUUCACGUGAAGCUUUUCACUUCAAAAUCUAUUAUCUAUCUUAAAUCAACUUAUUUUUGCAUACUUAUAAUUUUAUAUAGCUGCUAAAUACAGACCAUGCCUAGCAGAAUGGGCUCCAAAAUUGACCUGAACAAAGAUUUCAUCAGAGUAAAAACACACUACAGUGGGGACAUCCUUAUAACAAAUUUGGAUGCAUCCAUGAGCUAUGCUGAACUCUGUGAUGAAGUGCAUGAGAUGUGUAACUUGCAACAAGAACAGCCAAUUACCCUCAAGUGGAUUGAUGAUGAAGGUGACCCCUGUACCAUCUCAUCUCAGAUGGAGCUGGAGGAAGCCUUCCGUUUGUAUUGUCAGAACAGAGACGAAGGGCUGAUUAUUCAUGUUUUCCCAAGUACUCCAGAGAAACCAGGCAUGCCUUGUCCAGGAGAAGAUCAAUCCAUCUACCGCCGGGGAGCUCGAAGAUGGAGGAAGCUGUACCGUGUGAAUGGGCAUUUGUUUCAAGCAAAACGUUUUAACAGAAGAGCAUACUGUGGCCAGUGCAGUGAAAGGAUAUGGGGGCUCGCCAGGCAAGGCUACAAGUGUAUCAACUGCAAGCUGUUGGUCCAUAAACGUUGUCAUAUCCUUGUCCCACUGACCUGCAAAAGGCAUAUGGAUUCUGUCAUGCCUUCCCAGGAACCUCGCUUAGAUGACAAAAACGAUGAGGCUGAUGUCCCUUCUGAAGACACAGAUGGAAUUCCCUACAUUCCUUCAAACCGGAAACAUGACACCAUUAAAGAUGACUCUGAGGAUCUCAAACCAGUCAUUGAUGGAAUGGAUGGAAUUAAGAUUUCUCAGGGGCUUGGACUCCAGGACUUUGAUUUAAUUCGAGUUAUCGGCCGUGGAAGUUAUGCCAAAGUUCUUCUAGUUCGGUUAAAAAAGAAUGAUCAGGUUUAUGCUAUGAAAGUAGUGAAAAAAGAACUGGUCCAUGAUGAUGAGGAUAUUGAUUGGGUACAGACAGAGAAACAUGUGUUUGAACAGGCAUCCAGUAACCCAUUCCUAGUUGGUUUACAUUCAUGCUUUCAAACAACAAGUCGAUUGUUCCUUGUCAUAGAGUAUGUGAAUGGGGGAGACCUCAUGUUCCAUAUGCAGCGGCAGAGGAAACUUCCUGAGGAACAUGCAAGGUUUUAUGCUGCUGAAAUUUGUAUUGCUCUAAACUUCCUGCAUGAAAGAGGCAUCAUCUACAGAGAUUUAAAACUGGACAAUGUUCUCUUAGAUGCAGAGGGUCAUAUCAAAUUAACAGAUUAUGGCAUGUGCAAGGAAGGUUUGGGCCCAGGUGACACUACAAGCACUUUCUGUGGGACACCAAAUUACAUUGCACCAGAGAUCCUCAGAGGAGAAGAAUAUGGCUUCAGUGUGGACUGGUGGGCACUGGGAGUGCUGAUGUUUGAGAUGAUGGCGGGGAGGUCCCCAUUCGACAUCAUCACUGACAAUCCAGACAUGAACACUGAAGAUUACCUCUUCCAAGUUAUUCUGGAGAAGCCAAUCCGGAUUCCAAGGUUUCUUUCUGUCAAGGCUUCCCAUGUGUUAAAAGGAUUUUUAAACAAGGAUCCCAAAGAAAGGCUUGGCUGUCAGCCCCAGACGGGAUUUGCUGAUAUCAAGUCUCACACGUUUUUCCGCAGCAUAGAUUGGGAUCUGCUGGAGAAGAAGCAGAUGACGCCCCCAUUCCAGCCACAGAUCACGGACGAUUACGGGUUGGAUAACUUUGACACGCAGUUCACCAGCGAGCCUGUGCAGCUCACCCCAGAUGAUGAAGAUAUAAUAAAGCGAAUAGAUCAGUCAGAAUUUGAAGGAUUUGAAUAUAUUAAUCCAUUGUUGCUGUCAACAGAAGAAACAGUAUGAAGGAAUGACCUUGUUGGGGACAGUGCGAAUGACAUUAAUUUAUCCUUAACUACAGUAUAUGCAUGCGAGGCUGGGGACUGGUCACUUUGGAUAGAGACCAAUGAUCUCAAAACAAAUUUGCUGCUGAAAAUCAAAGAAGAGAAUAAUGAUUUUGGUGGGUGUCCUCUGCCACUUAGUGAUUCUUACAUUCUGGGCACUGACACAACUGGCUUCAUUAAUGAAGGAAUUUGCAUUUUGUGCCUGUUUCAUGAAGGAUUGAAAUGUUCAUUGCAUCCCUGCAAAAGGAGAUAAUGAGAAACUUUGAGAUCCACACACUUCCUACAAACAUUUGAUGCAAUGAGCUCCCAGUUGAAGAGUAUUGCAGUGUAACAUCCUGAAGAAUAAAAUAUAUUAUGGUGGUGUUGAAGCUUA